CCCUAGAGCAGCGCGAGCAGGAAACAGAAGAACGGGCGGAUGGAGGAACAGUUAGGCGUCUACAGAUCCACUUCCACCCUUUUACCCCGACACUGAACCGAAUAUUACCCGCUUUACGGAGCUCCAGACCCGCGCUGACCGUCUACACCACCCCGGGCUCACACAGCGCACUGCUGGACCGAGUCAAAGCCCCGAGGGGAACCGCGAGUUUCACACACGCAGCCGUUUGGGUUCAGAUUAGGGCGUGUGUGUGUGUGUUGUCGGGGAGAAGGAGGCUUUGCAUGGUGGACAGUGUGUGUGUGUGUGUGUGAGUGUGUGUGUGUGUGUGAGGGAGGAGGAUGGGUUGCACGCUGAGCACUGAGGACAAGGCGGCGGUGGAGAGAAGCCGCAGGAUAGACCGAAAUCUGCGGGACGAUGGAGAGAAAGCAGCGCGCGAGGUUAAACUGCUGCUGCUGGGAGCGGGGGAGUCUGGGAAGAGUACGAUAGUCAAGCAGAUGAAGAUUAUCCAUGAGGCGGGUUACUCAGAGGAGGAGUGUAAGCAGUACAAGGCCGUGGUGUACAGUAACACCAUCCAGUCCAUCAUCGCCAUCAUCCGCGCCAUGGGACGCCUCAAAAUCGACUUCGGGGAUGCAGCACGAGCGGACGAUGCCCGGCAGCUGUUUGUGUUAGCGGGCAGUGCAGAGGAAGGCUUUAUGACAGCUGAGCUUGCUGGAGUGAUAAAGCGUCUGUGGAAGGAUGGAGGAGUGCAGGCCUGUUUCAGCCGAUCCCGAGAGUAUCAGCUCAAUGACUCUGCUGCAUAUUAUCUGAAUGAUCUGGACAGGAUAUCGCAGGUCUCCUACAUCCCUACACAGCAGGACGUCCUGAGGACCCGUGUCAAAACCACAGGCAUCGUGGAGACUCACUUCACCUUCAAGGACCUGCACUUCAAGAUGUUUGAUGUGGGAGGUCAGAGGUCAGAGAGGAAGAAGUGGAUCCACUGUUUCGAAGGUGUGACUGCUAUCAUCUUCUGCGUGGCCCUCAGCGACUACGACCUGGUGUUGGCCGAGGACGAGGAGAUGAACCGGAUGCAUGAGAGCAUGAAGCUGUUUGACAGCAUUUGCAACAACAAGUGGUUCACAGACACAUCCAUCAUCCUGUUCCUCAACAAGAAGGACCUGUUUGAGGAGAAGAUCAAAAGAAGUCCCCUCACCAUCUGUUACCCCGAGUAUGCAGGCUCAAACACGUAUGAGGAAGCAGCAGCGUAUAUCCAGUGUCAGUUUGAGGACCUGAACAAGAGGAAGGACACUAAGGAGAUCUACACACAUUUCACCUGCGCCACCGACACCAAGAACGUCCAGUUUGUCUUCGACGCAGUCACCGACGUCAUCAUCAAGAACAACCUGAAGGACUGCGGACUCUUCUAGGUGGAGAUAAUGUUUCGUGUUUCCCCAUGAGGCUGUGUGUGUGUGUGUGUGUGUGUGUGUGUGUGUGUGUGUGUGUGUGUGUGGUACAUUGCGUCUCAUCCCUCUGCUUUUAUUUAUGCAUCUUUUGUCGUCUCGUCUUUUAUUUAGAAAAGGGACACGUAACGUUUUUCUCGUUUCGUCGAGACGCUUUUUUCCCCUCCAUCUUUUUAUCAAUAUUUUUUAUAAUAUUUGGUGUGGGGACACAUUGGACAGCAGAAGGACGUGUUGGACAGCAGAGGGACGUUUCGACUUGUGGGGUUCUGUGCCUUGCCGUGUUUCUCUUUUUGCUCAUGUGCAGUGAUUUUUUUUUUUUUCUCUCUCUGUGUCUCCUGAAGUCCACUGUGUAAAUAAAACUCUAGUGAGGCAAAGGGGGCGGGGCUUAGGGUCAACUCCAUCAACCAAUCGCAAACCUGUGUGUAUGUCACUGAGUUGACUUGAUUUGAUCGUGUAUAAUAGUUUUAGCAAAGAUGGAUGGCUAAAUGGAUGCUAACUGGCUUAGCUUAGCUAAGUCACUAGUUAGCAUUGUAACAGGUUAGCAUUAGGAGCUAGUCAUUGUAGCGAUUCGGAGCUAGAUUUGCUUGUAAGCUAAAAUUGGGCUAGGAAAAAAGUAUAAAAUCUUGCUAUUUUUUAUUCCUUAUUUGCAUUUGUUUGAUUAGCUAAGCUAAAAACGCUCCUAACAAUAAUUUUUUUCACUUCGCUAACAGUUCGUGUGUGUGUGUGUGUGUGUGUGAGAUGGAGUGCUCUCGUCGGAGCUGAAUGUUCGUCCAAAGCUCAGUCUCCACGGCAACAAGUGGAUGCUUCAGACGAAGUGUGUGUGUGUGUGUGUGUGUGUGUGUGUGUGUGUGUGUGUGCGCUCUCCCCCAGAAGCCUCGGCUAGCUGCCAUCUCACACACUGAGGAUCUGUUUUAAAAGUUUUAAUGAAAAAUGCCUGUGUUGAGUAAACCAUGAUGAUGAUGAUGAUGAUUAUGACUCACCCUCUAUCUCUCUCUCUCUCUCUCUCUCUCUCUCUCUCUCUCUUUUCUCUCUCUCUAUGUGGGAACAUUUGUACACUCAUGUCCCUUAUUUUGCUAAUAAAAAGCAUUUGCAAUCCA